AUGGCCGAAAACGGAGUGAGAGAAGACGCCUUCCCAGCCACGUCCAAGCAAGUAACCGGGCUUGUUAGCGGGAUUGAAACAGAGGUCUCAUUCAUGAGCUUUUUCGAUAAGAUCAUGAUUACCGUCUCUCAGGGCGGCCGGCUUGCCCAGUGGGUGCAAGUCCCGCUCUCUGCCCCAUCAUCGGCAUCUGUGGACAUGGCCCUCCCCGGAGCUGAGUUGACGGCUCUCCCUUCAACACAUUUAACCGCCAAGACCCUCCUCGGAAGCGGGGAUCGGGAAACUCUGGGGCAGCUGUAUGCUAGCCAGAUUGCAAGCCAUCUGUGCCUUCGCGAUCCCGAGGAGCGGAGAACACUUCUCCUCGGCCUGGGUCUAGAGAAAGCCGCCGGCGACAGGGAGGCAUUUUUUGAUCUUCUUGAAUUGGUGCAACAGGUCCUCUGA